AUGAUCGUGGAAUUCUCAGUCAAGAAUGCAAACAUUGGCUGCUACAAGUAUCGCAAUAGCACCAUUGGAUUCUUCUAUCAGGACUAUGUGGUAAGGGAAGAAGCAGCGGUUACCAAAGGAAAGGCGAAUAUGCCAUGGACCAAAACUUUCAUUAUUCCUGUGGAUUUUAACUCCAUCAAUCUGCCAGGUGAUGCACUUGGGAGUGAAUUGAGGCAGCACACUUGGAUCCCUUUGACAUGCCGAGCAACACUAAGAGGAAAAGUGACGCUAAUGUUGAUCUUCAAGAAGAAUAAGGUCACCAACAUGAAUUGUACCAUAAAUUUAAGUAAGAUGACUUUCGGACAAUAA